UAAAUAAUUCAGUCUACUAAGUAAUUUGUUUUACAACUGACAUAUUUAGGUGAUUUAAGAUGGCUAAGAAGGUUUUAAUGAUUGGAUUUUUGCUCGUGAUAGUUGAGGCUGUUAAAGUGUCGGAUAAAAUAGACUUGAAUGCGAAUAAUGAUCGAUUUAAUGCGAAUAACUUUGUUAAUUUUGACCAGGGCUCUGGAGCUGUUGAUCCGAGAAUAAACGAGGCCGCGGGUUGUCAUAAAAAAAUUUUAUGCUUUAAAGAUCCAUUAACAAUCAUCAACGAAAUUCAGCUAGACAUAGUAGACAGCGGUUUAUUAAUAAACCGAGAUGAAAGUCAAAUAAAUAAUAAAAUUUGUGAUUUAACUGUAAAGUCAAAAAAAGAUCAAUUUGGAAAUUUAAUAACGACAGUCAAAUUUAAAUUGGUAACAAAAAUUAAUAAAGUAAAGGUAAAUGAUGUACCGAUCAUUAAUGGAUUCCGUGGUCUUAUUAAUAUUGAUAAUGAUAAUAAUAAUAAUAAUAAUAAUCAUGCACCUGAUCCAAUAAAUCCACAGAUUCACCAGCGAUACAACACGAAUAAUUUUCAACCUUCACUCGGUGUUCCGAAGAAUUAUUUUUCCCGACCGCAAGCGGACUUUUAUUAUUACAAUAACAAGAAUAAUAAUAAUAAUAACGAUGACGUGGGUAUCAGUCGAAUGUAUCGAGGAGAAUCUUACAGACGGAAACCUUGGAUGACUAGUAGAGAUGCGAUUGAUGAUAAAAUCGAACCACCGCUGAGUAAAACUUCGAUGAAUGACCAGCAGUAAAAUUUUAUUUUAAUUUUUUAUUUAUUAUUUAAAUACUGCUAUAAAUAUGGAUCUGUAUUUUCUCUAUUAUUUAGUACUAUUUAUUUAACAUUAAAUAAAAAGGCUCAGACAAUCUAUAAAUAAUUAUUAUAUCCUCAAUAAAU